AUGGCACCAAUACGUCAACGUGGAACAACAUCAACUAGUCCCGGCCUAACUAACUAUACAGUUGAUCAUCCAUAUUAUGUGAAAGAUCGUGUAAAUCAUCCUUCUUCUGGUUUUGGUUCAAUUGGUGGUUCAAGUAAUCGUUCAUCUCAUACACCGGUAGCUGAUUUUCAACCACCCUAUUUUCCACCACCCUACAAUACAUCGUUACAUCAUAAUCAUCAAUUUGAUUUACAAGCAGCAGCCGCUGCUGUUACGUCUGGUAAUGUUCAGUUAGAAUAUGGUUCAUCACCAUUCAAUACAAAUCAUCAUCAACAUCAUUCGUACAAUAAUGAUAGACACAGUUUACUUCGUUCAACCGGAGUUAGUAGUGGAAAUGAUAGUCUUCAAAUGUCAGCUCCAACAUUUGGACAAUAUGAUAGUCGCGCGUAUGCUGAAUAUGCAUCCUAUUACAGUCGACAUGCAAUGGCUAUUGAUUCAGAAUCAUUACAACUAUAUCGAAAUGGAUUAUUAGCAUCAGACAAUACGUCAAGUUUCAGAGUACCAGGUUUAGAAGAAGUACCAAAUCCGUUAACAGAACAUUAUAUGGCCACAUUUCAAAGAGAUUUUCGACGUCCCGAUACAAAAGAUGGUAUUGCCUUGACAAUAUCUGGCAAUGUUGCUCCAUCCGAUAUAUUUUGCAAUGUUCCCGGUCGUCUAUCGCUAUUAAGUUCCAAUUCAAAAUAUAAAGUAACAGUAGCUGAAGUACAACGACGAUUGUCACCACCUGAAUGCUUGAAUGCAUCAUUACUAGGAGGAAUAUUACGAAGAGCAAAGUCCAAGAACGGUGGACGUAUAUUACGAGAAAAAUUAGAAAAAAUUGGUGUAAAUUUACCUGCUGGACGACGAAAAGCUGCUACCGUUACAUUGUUAACAUCACUUGUCGAAGGAGAAUCCACUCACUUGGCACGAGAUUUUCAUUAUGUUUGUGAUCAAGAAUUUCCCGCUCGACAAUGUGCUGAACACAACAUUCGACAUCAUAAUCAUGAUUCAUCUGAAAUAUCAAAACGAAAAGCAAUGGUUCUUGCAUCAAGACAAUUAGUAAAAGAAUUUACCGAGUUAUUAAGUCAAGAUCGUUCGCCAUUGGGUAAUUGUCGCUUGAGUCCUGUAUUAGAACCAUCAAUGCAAAGACAUUUGACACAUUUUUCAUUAAUUACACAUGGUUUCGGUUCUCCAGCGAUUGUGGGUGCAAUGACGGCAUUUCAAAAUUAUAUGACAGAAAUGGUUAAAUUUUAUGAUAAAUCUUACACUAACAACAAUCAUAAUAAUGGAAUUGGACACGUACAAAAUGAGAUAAAUAUUACAAAAAUGGACAAAAAAGAUGAUCGAUGA